ACAGUAGGUACUUUAACGUUAUCAGUGCGUACAUUAAUUUUAAUUUAUUAAUUGCAUUAUGUAACUGGACACGGUUAGUUCUCCACGCGACUUGCUCCAGUGUGUACAUUUCCAAUGUGACUUUUCGUUUUCCCAGUUGAUAACGCAAUCCGAAUUCAAACAAAGAGUUUUUAUUUAUUGCGAUUUAAAAAGUAAAAUGUUAGACACUCAUUUGUUUUCUAAAUUAGUGACGAGAUGUUCAUUAAAUCCAGUGUCGUUGAGUAAGCAGGGCGAAUCUGCAUCCGAAUGGACGCCUUUGUUGAAGAAAUCUUCUAAUGUGCCGCUUUCUAUCAGAGUAUUCAUUAUACCCCAAAGAUGGGUGAUGGCCAUCAUGGGUUUCCUGGCCGUGGCCAACGCGUACACGAUGCGGGUCUGCCUGAACAUUGCUAUCACGCAGAUGGUUCACCGGCCAGCGCAUUCUGCCGGCAACGACGGGUCCUGUCCGUCGCCGGAUUUAGAACAAAUUACUGGCGAAGGAUCUGAUCCUACUGAGCUAACCGGCUUCAACUGGGACGAAGCCACUCAAGGCAUGAUCCUAAGUGCGUUCUACUACGGGUACAUUGUCACGCACUUACCCGGUGGGAUGAUAGCAGAGAGGUUCGGAGGAAAGUACUCCUUGGGCUUCGGAGUACUGAGUACAGCUGUGUUCACUCUGCUGACUCCGUGGACUGUCAGCGCUGGUGGGGCGACGGGCCUUAUUAUCUUGAGGGUACUGGAAGGACUUGGAGAGGGUUUCACGUUUCCCGCGUUAAACGCAAUGCUGGCACGAUGGGCACCCAUAUCAGAGAGAGGAAGAAUGGGAUCUCUAGUCUUUGGAGGUGCUCAGAUCGGCAACAUAGCUGGAACUUACCUAUCGGGACUUGUUAUCAAGGAGACCGGUGAAUGGCAAUCCGUCUUCUACCUCUUUGGUGCCAUUGGAAUCCUUUGGUUCAUUCUCUGGGCAUUGCUGUGCUACAAUGACCCCGAAUCGCAUCCGUUUAUAUCGGACAAGGAGAAGAAAUAUUUGGAAGAGGCUCUCGGCAGUCACCGAAGCAGCCUACCUUCCGCGAUUCCUUGGAAGGCCAUCUUCAUGUCAGUCCCUCUAUGGGCCCUGGUCUGCGCUCAGAUUGGUCACGACUACGGCUACUUCACAAUGGUGACGGACCUCCCCAAGUACAUGACAGGGGUGCUCAAGUUCGACAUACAUCGGACAGGCACGCUUGCAGCCUUGCCUUACGCAGUCAUGUGGCUGAGCUCCAUCGCUUUCGGCUGGAUUUGCGACAAGAUUGUCAAGAGAAACUGGCUAACUGUCACCAACGCUAGAAAGACUUUCACUACUAUCGCGUCUAUUGGCCCUGGUAUUUGCAUGAUCCUGGCAUCGUACUCCGGCUGCAACACUGAUGCCGUGGUCAUCCUAUUCACGGCAUCCAUGGGUCUGAUGGGAGCCUUCUACCCUGGCAUGAAAGUCAAUGCUCUGGACCUGAGCGGGAAAUACGCUGCAACAAUCAUGGCAAUUGUGAAUGGAAUUGGCGCCAUUACUGGCAUCAUUGCGCCUUACCUAGUUGGCUUGUUGACUCCUGAUAGUACGCUAGUACAAUGGCGACUAGUCUUCUGGAUAGCUCUAGCUGUGUUCGUUUUAACAAACUUAGUGUUCGUUGCCUGGGCGUCCGGGGACGAACAGUGGUGGAACACCACCACACAAGACCCGAGGAAGCAACGCGAGGCCGAGGCGGGAACAAUCCAAACCGUCAAUGCCGAGAUUAAGUUGUAGACCAGUACUUUAAAAAAACUGGUUCAAAUCACAAAUAAGAGGAAUAUUUCGACGCGAAGUGAGGAUCAGCUCGUUUCCUUGUCGUUAAUGUUCCGGAAGAAAGUGUAAAUAAAAUAUUAAUAAGUAACUAAUAAAAUGCAGUGCCUAAUAAAUGAAUACUGAAAUAGUUCAUCGCACUGCUUUAGACAGUUUAUAAUAAACGUACUUAGUUCAUCCGUUAUAUGGCGUUAUGCAGUUGACUCGAGACAAUUUUGUUAUAUUGCAAGAGUAGAUGUGAGUGAAAAUAAUUUAUAGUACAAACUGUAAAAGUUUCAAAUGAAAUUCAUUAAAUCAUAAUAAUAGGCGAUUCUCUGAAUCCACAGCCAGUGCUAUGUGAUAGUAAUAAUAAUUAAUAAUCCCGUUAUAGAUAUUAUUAUUAUUUUGUAAUUAUUUUUUUAAUAAUUUUCAAUCUUAGAAUAUCGAGAAAUUAGUUUAAGUCUAAUAUUAAAUUCAAUAUUUAUUACAAGUAUUAUUAUCUUGUUGAUGACUGUACUUUAGUUUCUAAGUAGUCAUACAAAGUAUUAUCAUUGUCUGAAGAAUACUGAUUGCCUAUUUGUAAAUAUUUGUGAAAAAUAUUUAUUUGACGAUGAAAUGCACUGACAAAUUAUUUUGUUCACGUAUUUUUGAGCAAAGGAAUAUUUUGCAAGAAAGGCUGUGAACAAAUCUGGGUUUACAGGGAAAAUACGAAAGGCCACGAAAUUACAUUAUUAUUCUACAUGAUAUCGGAAUGCACUAUCCAUGACGCUAUAGAAUCCUUAAAAUUGCAUAAUAUGUAUUUUUAAGUUUGCUUAGAGUGAGAUUUUCCAAUUAUGUCUAUUUUUAACUUUCAUAUAAUCCCUGGUCUCCCUAUUGCAUUUGAUUUCAGGGUGCAUUUUGUGCCAUUUAAGAGAUCUGUAUGCAGGCUUUAUGUUAGUUUUAAUACUUUUCGUAAACGUUAUACUAAGACUAAGAAUGGUAACCCCAUUACUUGUUUAAACUAUCUGAGAUAGUAGUUCGUAAGUUAUUUUGUACAAUAUUCUUGAAUUUUGUUAAAAUAAAAACAUUGAAAAAACAUGAA